GAGAAAUGAAAGAUAACUGCACACUACUCUUCAACUUUAGAGACAGAAAUCGUCCAUAAAAUAAAGUGAAAGUAGAAUUUCUUGUAAACAUUCGGUAUGGCGUCUCGCAGUUUAUCAGACUCGGACUCCGAACCCGAUGAUGCCCUACACAUUGGAUUUAACAAUGAUGACACAAACUCUGACCAACCUCCCACAAAGAAGAAAAAAGUGGAUAAUGCGGGGCUAUACAACGAUUUCUCCGCCAGGAUGAUGGCGAAGAUGGGUUACAAGGAAGGCCUGGGUCUGGGUAAGGAGCAGCAGGGACGUGUAGAGAUCGUGGAGGCAUCCAACCAGCGGGGCAGGAGGGGUCUGGGUCUAAAAAUCAAAGGACUGGAACCCUCGCAGGAAGUGGACUGGGAGUUCGAGACAGAAGAGAUAAUUGAAAAAGAAGAAGUAUCUUGGAUUCCAACUUGUGCUGAACCAGUUCCCAGCAUUGAGAUACUGAGAGAGUGGAAACAUAUUGGAAAGAAAAAAUUAACAAUAGAUGACGAGGCAGAGUUUUGUGAUGAAGAUGUUUUAUCAGCUAUUUUAAACAGCAAGAAUGUGUUUGAUGAGCUGGAGCCAGAGGAAAUGAGGAGAGCCCGGACACGAUCAAAUCCUUACGAAACAAUCAGAGGGGUCUUCUUUCUCAACAGAGCAGCUGUCAAAAUGGCAAAUAUGGAUACCAUGUUUGAUUUCAUGUUUACUUCACCAAAGGAUAAUAGUGGGAAACCCCUGCUGAAGCCGUCAGAUAUCUUGUUUUUCGCUGAUAUCUGUGCUGGUCCUGGUGGCUUUAGUGAGUAUGUCUUAUGGAGAACCAAGGGAGAUGCUAAAGGCUUUGGGUUCACCCUGAAAGGUCCGUGUGACUUCAAGCUGGAGGAUUUCUUCGCUGGUCCCCCUGAAAUGUUCGAGCCUCACUAUGGUGUGGGAGGAAUUGAGGGGGACGGGGAUAUUUUUAAGCCUGAGAACCAGGAAGAAUUUAUCAAAUUCGUCAAAGAAAACACAGACAACAAAGGUGUCUACUUUGUGAUGGCUGAUGGGGGUUUCUCAGUUGAAGGACAAGAAAACAUUCAGGAGAUUUUGUCCAAACAGCUUUAUCUUUGUCAGUUCUUAGUUGCCAUAUCCAUUCUUAGACCAGGUGGUCACUUUGUGUGUAAGUUAUUUGACCUCUUCACCCCCUUCAGUGUCGGGUUGAUCUACCUAAUGUACAGAAUAUUUCAAAAAGUCUGUAUCUGUAAACCUGUCACCAGUAGACCUGCUAACUCCGAGAGGUACAUAGUUUGCCAGGGUCUCUGUGACGACAGUGACCCAGUCAGACAAUACAUGCACGAGGUUAACCUGGAUUUAAAUCAACUCCAAGUCUCCACGUCAACACAAGAUGUCUGCGAGAUAGUCCCGAUGGAUGAUCUACACGCUGAUCAGUGCUUCUUUAAUUAUAUGUACGAAUCCAAUGUAAAGUAA